CCCUUUUCUCCUUCUCCUUCCCCUUCCCCUUCCCCUAAAUUGCGUCUCACCCUCCCAUCCUCCUCCUCCGGCGGACCAUGCCUAAAUCUACCGCUGCUGUGGCUAAUGGCCACGCAGUGGUCUCCUCCCCGUCCGACCCUCGGCCGUCCGAAUCAUCCCCCCCAGCCGACAUCUUCAACGCCAGCUCCGUCGCCGAGAUCAAAGCCACCCUGUCGCACCUGCACGACCAGGAGGCCUCUGUUACAGCCCGCCUGGACGCCCUCGUUGCCUCCCAGAAGGACUUCUCCCGAGAGCUCGGCCGCCUGGACUUGCUCCGCGCCCACCUCGGGUCCCACACCACCACCACGCGCACUAUCAGCCAUGGCAUGCUGUCCAACGCCGCAGCCACUGCCGACCGCAUCUCCAGCGCCGUCCGCCGCCUCGACCUGGAACAAUCUCGCGUCAAAUCUACUCUGGAAGUCGUCGAGCAGGUCUCCGAGCUCAAGGCCUGCGUGCUGGGUGUUGCGGGCUCCAUGGGUGCGCCCCAGGACUGGGAGACGGCCGCCAGCUACCUGAACCGGGCCGCCAGGAUUCCCCCGGAGGUGGUGCAUGGGGCCUUCGCCGCCCAGAUGGUUCCUACGGCCGAGGUGCCUGAUCCCCCGAAUGUCACCCUCGACAACGCCGCCGAGUCGCUCUGCGGCUUGUUCCUGCGCGAGUUCGACAAGGCCGUCAAGGAGAACAACGACGCCCGGAUCACGCGCUUCUUCAAGCUGUUUCCGCUCAUCGGGCGCUCCGAGGUGGGCCUGGAUGUCUACGGACGCUACGUCUGUCAGGGUGUCGCUGCGCGGGCCCGCUCCAAUCUCAACGCAGGCACCGGGGGCUCCGCAACUAAGGAUGGCUUCUUCUACGCGAAUGCACUCACCAAGCUGUUCGAGCAUAUCGCGCAGAUUAUCGAUGGUCACGGAGGCCUGGUGGAACGCCAUUACGGGCCGCGCAAGAUGAACCGGGUCAUCGAGCGUCUGCAGCUCGAGGCGGAUGUCCAGGGCGGGAUCAUCCUGGAUACCUGGAGCGAUGAGAGGCACGUGGACCGCAAGCUGACUGACACCAAGUCAUACGCGUUCACCUUUCUCGUGCAAAGCUUUCUUCCGCCCCAGCGCGGUGGGACGCCCCGGUCCAACUCGCCUGCGGUCCGGGACGGAGCCGCGGCCGAGGAUGAGGGCGUGGAUAUGAAGGAGAUCGACGGGCUCCUCAACGAAAUGGCAAUUAUGUUGGGUCGCUGGUCGCUGUACUGCCGGUUCCUAGCAGACACAUGCAACCCCCCCGGCGACGAGAACCAAAAGUUCACCCUCCCUCAGUUCCUCCGAGAAUCCACCCUAUCCAAGAAGAUCAGCGAGCGUCUCGCCGGCCCGUUCAACACCAUGACCACCUUCUUCUUCCGACGAUCCGUGGAGAAGGCGUUCCAGCUGGACGAACAACCCUCUGGCUUGACCCUCAAUCCGCUGAGACCGCUCAAGUGCGAACCGCCGCACAUCACCUCCGCCGUCGACGACAUCAUGUACAUCGUGAACAAGGUCCUGCAGCAGUCCCUGGCGACGUCGCAGAUCUCUGUCGUCACCGGCGUCGUGCCCACGCUCUCGCGGGUCCUGGGCUCGGACUUCAUCGGCAUGACCCAGCGCAAGAUGCGCGACGAGUGCUACCCCCGCGCCGUCGUCCAGGGCGGCCAUCCCCCGGAGCCGCUCGUGAUCUCCUUCCUCGUCCUGAUCAACAACCUCGACGUCGCCGUCGACUACGUCCGCCGCAUCCUGAAUAACCACAUCGAGCCCAAAAAGGCCCUCCCGGGCCCCGAUGGCCAGCCCGAGGAGGUCGACCCGCUGCUCGCCCUCUUCCCCGUGCCCGAGGAUGCCCGUCGCGCCACCCAAACACUGCAGUCGCUGUCCGCCUCAUUCGAGUCCAAGGUCACCGACCUCCUCUCCGACGGCAUCCAGGUCGUCUUUAACAAUGUCAUCAAACACCGGCUCCGCCCCAUCCUGUCCGAUGCCUUCCGCGACAUCGAAUACCAGCCGCGUGAAGACACCGACCCAACCCGCACCGUCUACCACGACGACGACUCAGACGACCCCGAUUUUGUCACUGACGGCACCGUCCGGGACGACGACACCGACCCGACCAGCCGCGCCGAGCUCGUCCGCCCGCGCUUCGCCGCCGCCUGGACCGAGCUGCUCCUCCCGCUGUGUCGCAUCCUCACCGCGUCCGCCUUCGACCGUCUCCUUACCGUCACUGUGGCCUAUCUAGCCCGGCUCCUGGAAAAGCGUCUCUGGUCGUACCACGGCCGCGUGAACGCCCUCGGCGCCACCCGUCUGGAACGCGACCUCGCAGGCGUGGUGAGCGCCGCCGUCGACAUAGGCGGCACGCAGGCAGCCCCGGGCCGAUACCGCCACCGCGAGGCAUUCGCGCGCUGUCUGCAGAUGGUGCUGGUGAUGGGCAUGGACGAGGACGAAUGGGACGAUGUCCUCCGUGGCGGCGAGACCGCUGACGUCGUCGACAAGUUAAGUCGGGAGGAGAGGAUGCGCGUGCGAGGCAUGGUGCGGAAGGUUUAAUUCUUGUCUUUAUCGUAGAAUUCUCUUUCUCUCCCCCCACUCCCACACUCUCGUGGUCUUCUUUCUUGGAAGGAUUAGAACCCACUGUUGUUUUUUUAGCCAUUCAUUGUAUAUAUCUAUCUAUCUAUUU